ACGGCGUCAGGAGAAGACGCCCGGGCACGUCGCGCACGCAGCAGCGGAGCAGUGCGGGGGACAGCGCAGCGGCUGUUGCGCGGGGGUGAUGUAAUGUUGCUCCGGAUGGCGGUGUGCGCCAGGCUCUGCGGAGCGGGACAGUCGCGGCGCUGCAGGCGGCGGCAGAGGCACAGCCAGCCGCAUCAGGACAGCGACUCCGACAUGGACAUGGACGAGGAGGAGGAAGAGGAGAGGGUCGUGGGCAAAACGAAAGACGAGCCCGAUGGCGGCAGCAGCCGUCAUAGCAGCGGAGCCGGUGUCCUCGGGUCUGGGGCCUCCGCGGGGCCACCGCACCCGCAGUCGCUGCUGGACCUGCCGCCGGAGCUCCUGGUGGAGAUCUUCUCCUCUCUACCCGGCGCUGCGCUGCCCAACCUGGCGCUGGUGUGCAAGAAAUUCAGGCAGAUCCUCAACACGGAAACAAUCUGGAGGAGGAGAUGUACAGAGGAAUUCGGUAUGAGAGAUGACCUGCGGAAGAUGGAGAUCUUGGGCAUGUCGAGCCGAGAUCUGUAUGUGAAACUGUUACAUCCCUAUAGACACAUCCUGGGUCUCUGGCAGCCUGAUAUCGGGCCCUAUGGAGGACUGCUGAACGUGGUGGUUGACGGGCUGUUCAUCAUAGGCUGGAUGUAUUUACCGCCCCAUGAUCCCCGCGUGGAGGACCCCAUGCGUAGACGGCCGCUCUUCCGCAUUCAUAUGUGGGAGAAAAACAAAGCCACGGUAGAAUGCAUGUACGGACACAAGGGCCCUCAUAAAGGAGACAUUCAGACUGUGAAGAAAGAUGAAUUUUCCACCAAAUGCAACCAGACCGAUCACCAUCGAAUGCCUGGAGGAAGGCAAGAGGAGUUCAGAACGUGGUUGGAGGAGGAAUGGGGAAGAACAUUGGAGGACAUUUUCCACGAGCACAUGCAGGAGUUGAUCCUCAUGAAGUUCAUUUACACCAGCCAAUACGAUAAUUGCCUGACGUACCGGCGGAUUUAUCUGCCCCCGUGCCUCCCUUCAGACCUGCUGCAGCCGGGCCUCUUCAAAGGGACAUACGGCAGUCACGGCCUGGAGAUCAUCAUGCUGAGCUUCCACGGCUCCAAGGCCAAAGCCACCAAACUUACCGGUGACCCCAAUGUCCCAGCAGGUCAGCUGACGUUAGAAAUCGACCUGAACCGGCCGGUGCGUCUGCCGGACCUGGAGCACCAGCGGAGCAUAGAAGAGCUCUCUCGCCUGGUGCUGGGGGUGCACGAGGAGGCCCAGAGGGGGCCACAGUCCCGGGACGCCCCAUCAGAGACUGCAGAGGGCUCAGAUUCGGCUCCCCCUGCUGGAGCGGAGGAUGUGGAGCCGGGAGCUGCGGCAUCUGAAGCGCAGCCAUUUGUGCUGCCUCUGGGAGUCAUGGCCCGUAAUGAAGUGUAUCCUCGCACCUGCAAGAUGUGUUUUUAUGGAACAGGCCUGAUCGCCGGCCACGGCUUCACGAGUCCAGAGCGCACGCCGGGUCUGUUCGUGCUAUUCGAUGAAGACCACUUUGGCUUCAUUUGGCUGGAGCUCAAGUCCUUCAGUCUGUACAGUCGGCUGACUGACCAGCUGUCCCACGCUCAGGCCCCCACCCUGGAGCGCUUCGAGGCCAUGCUCCGCAACAUGCAGUCAUGGACAUCCUGAGAGCAAACCUCACACUAGCUUUCUCAUCAGGCACAUCCUCUGGUAUUACGCUCUGCACCGUCAGGGACCUCCCUGCUGACACACACACUCACACACUCUCACUAUAACACACAUACACACACACACUCUCACUAUAACACAUACACAC